AACAAUAAUAUAGUCCCGCCAAAAGCGUGUUGGUGCAUUUACUUUCCGCCAGAUUGUUAAAGCAGACGCAUUUUCGUCAUUCAGACAGAAAAGGUUGAACAGAAAACACUAGCCUUAAUUACUUAAAUACAAUUUCACCAUUAUGUCCGUGGCUGGUAAAGAAAAUAUUGACAACAUGGAUAAGUUCGCUUUAAAGAGUCCGAGGAAAAUUCUUGCUGAGAAUGUUAAUAAUGUCCGUAAAAUGUCCAUUGGCAACGAUGAAACUAUACCCAAUGGCAAGGAGUUAACAAAUGGCGUCUCUGAAACUUCCAAUACCAGUGCCGGCACCACGUUGGCUAAUAAGGCGCCAGUUCCCUUUGAUACCACUAUAGAGCCUCUAUUGAAGGAGAAUCCUAAACGUUUUGUCAUCUUUCCUAUUCAACAUCUGGAUAUUUGGCAAAUGUAUAAGAAGGCUGAGGCAUCAUUUUGGACUGUUGAGGAAGUGGAUCUGUCUAAAGAUAUGUCUGACUGGGAGAAACUCACAGACAAUGAAAGAUAUUUCAUUUCCCAUGUGUUGGCUUUCUUUGCUGCCUCCGAUGGCAUAGUUAAUGAGAAUCUUGUCGAGAGAUUUUCUCAAGAGGUGCAAGUAACUGAAGCCCGCUGCUUCUAUGGCUUCCAGAUUGCUAUGGAGAAUGUUCACUCGGAAAUGUACAGCAUUCUUAUUGACACCUAUAUUAAAGAUCGUGACCAACGUGAAUAUUUAUUCAAUGCCAUUGAAACUAUGCCAGCUGUUAAAAGAAAAGCUGAUUGGGCUUUGUCAUGGAUAUCAUCGGAUUCUGCUAAUUUUGGUGAACGUGUAAUAGCUUUUGCUGCUGUUGAAGGCAUAUUCUUCAGCGGCAGUUUUGCCUCCAUUUUCUGGUUGAAGAAACGUGGCCUAAUGCCCGGCUUAACAUUCUCCAACGAGCUGAUAUCGCGUGACGAAGGUUUGCAUUGUGAUUUUGCUGUAUUGAUGUUUAAGUAUCUGGUGCAGAAGCCCAGCAGAGAACGUAUCAUUGAGAUAAUAAGAGAAGCGGUUAAAAUCGAACAGGAAUUCCUUACAGAAGCAUUGCCAUGCAAUUUGAUUGGUAUGAAUUGUGAUUUAAUGUCCGAGUAUAUUGAAUUUGUAGCAGAUCGUCUGCUAGUCGAAUUGGAUGUGGGCAAGAUCUACAAUACCAAAAAUCCUUUCCCCUUCAUGGAAAUGAUUUCCUUGGAUGGCAAAACAAACUUCUUUGAGCGAAAGGUGGGCGAAUACCAAAAGUGGGGUGUCACAGCUAACCGUUUGGACAACGUAUUUACAUUAGAUGCUGAUUUCUAAAAUGAAUGUGUGACUCCAUUCCCUUAAAUUUAAUAUAUCUCAAUUUUUUAGUGUAAUAAGUUCUAAUGUUUCAUACAUAACUGUAUUCGUAUAUUUUUUAACUUUACUAGCUGUUAAGGCACCUAUCAAUCAUACCCCCAUAUCAAAACGCAUAAUUAAUUCAAUUAGCGGAUAAUUUCAUGCUCAUUUUUAUAGUAUUUUUAAGUUUUUAUUUUUAAUCUGAUAUUUCAUUUGAAUUUGACGUUUCCGACUAUCGAUACUUUACAGCAAAACAUUGAGAGAAAACUUACUUAACAAAUUGUAAAUCCAUGUGACUUAUUUUCCAUUUGAUGAAUUUAUAUAUCUGUAUAUUUUGACUAAAAACUUGACUAAAAUGUCCUCCCAACAGCACUGUACAUAAUUCAUAUUUGAACAAUUAUACCUAUAUUUUUUUUUAUAUAAAGCAAUUUAUCAGCAUUUACUUACUUAGAAAAUAACACGUAACAAGUACCUUAUUUGUCUUAUUAUUAAAAAAAAAGAACCCUUAA